AUUGUCACGAUGACAAUUUAAAAAAUAAAUAUUCAUUCUUUUCAUAAAAUAGUCAUUUCAAUUUGGUAACGAUGGCCAAUAUUAUUUUAGGAAUUUGGGGAAGUCAAAAUUCCCCUCAACGAAUUAAAAUAAAUAAUGUAGAUCUAGAAAACAAAGUGCAAGUGUUCAAGAAACACGCUCUUAACGCGUUGAAUAAUGUUCCGCACAAUUUAGAAUUAUCUUAUUGUGGUUUGAUAUUGGAAGACGAGAACACACUUUCUUCUUAUGGAAUUACAGAUGGAGUUACAAUUCAUGUAAUAGAUAAACCAACAAUAAAACCUUCAGAAACCAUACAUACACAAAUGGGGCCCAAAGAUUUAAUUAAUGCGUUUAGUACUCUCGUUAUUUUCCCAAAUUAUAGAUUAGCGCUACAAAGGUUAACCAGAACUGAUGUUAUAAAUAAAAUUAUAGAAGCUUGUCCUAAACUUUUGGAAGAUCCCGCAGCAGUAGCACUUAUUCAAGAUCCAGAAUUAAUAUUUUAUCUUUCAAUUCCCGAAAAUGGAGCGGAAAUGAUAGAGAAACAUCCAGUAUUAUUAGAAGCGGGGAGUCACAUUUUGGCUCAUGUGCAUGAAGAACAAGCUUCUCUAAAUACCAACCAACCAAGUACUAGCACAGGAUAUUCUUAUUCUUUGGAAGCUCUAUCUGAUGAUGAUGAAGAAAUGGAUUCCAGUUCUGACACUAGUUUUUCUCAGAACCCUUUAAGUAGAAACACAUCUUUCAAUGCAAUUACUGCUGCACAACUUGCAGCUGCCAUUGCAAAUGCAACAAAUACACAAUUCAAUACAAAUAGUGCUGGCAUACCUACCCAAAAUUCUGGUUCAUCAAAUAUUAUCACUAACGAGAUGUUUUCUAAUGCCAUCCAACAAGCUAUCAAUUUUGGAGGUUCCAAUAGAGGUCCUAAUACAACUAAUAAUAGUAACCAAGAAGAAGAACAAAGUUUUGAAAAUUUGAACAAGCAGUGGGAAGCACAGUUGAAGCAAAUGCAUGAGAUGGGUUUGCUUGAUGAUACAGUCAAUAUACGAGCUUUGAAAGCUGUAAAUGGGGAUGUUAAUGCUGCUAUUGAGUUAGUUCUAAGUUUAAACGAAAUGGAAUAAUCUACAUUCUUAGAAUCUAUAAACAAGUUUUUUUUAUGCUAUGUUAAUAAUUGUUUUCAAACACUAAUCUGACAUAUGUAUAUUUUAAUGAUACAGAGAGCAUUUGCCAAAAGUUGCGAAAAUAAGACAACUACUACAUUAACAGGUCUAUAUUUACUUAAAUAAAUGUCAAAUAGUUAAAUUAUUUAUUAAAAAAAGAUGCAAUAAAAUUUUUAAAAUA